GUUUUCUCUAUCUUAUAUACAAAACAAAAACAUUUAUAUUGUUAUCUAUUUUAUAGAAUUGUAAAUAAAUUAGUGUCAUUAUUGUUACUUUCAGUGACCAAAAUAAAAUCGGUGCAAAGUACAGCGCUGUCAAAAAAAUAUUUCAUUUGUUGUCUAGUUGAUGAAACAACAAAAUCGCAAGAGUUUGAAUAAAGUCUUUCGAUAGUACUUAAAAUAUAGCACGUGAGCAAUUUGAAAGGCAACGUGAAAUUGUAAUGGGCGAAUUACUCACACGUUAACAAUCGACUUUUCAAUACAAAUCAUGUCUCAUUUUAGCUUAAAAGACACCGAGGAGUAUUACUUAGCUCUGUCUGAUCAGCCGAAAAAGUUUGAUGCUGAUAGUCCUGUAACAAAUGUAUUUUUUGACGACACAAAUGGAGAGGUGUUUACAGUUAGAUCUGGAGGAGUGACAGGUGUGACGGUCAAUGGAAUGGACGAAUCGAAGUGCACAUCCUUCAGGAUGGAAGAUAGGGGUCCAAUAAUAUCAAUAAAAUUCUCACCAGACCACAAAAUACUGGCCAUCCAACGCAACCACGACAAUCAGAAUGCUAUAGUGGAAUUUGUGAAUUUCCAAGACUUGGCCCCAACAAACAUAGAGUACUGUCAUACUUGUAAAUGGAAGAAUGCUAAAAUUCUGGGAUUUGUGUGGCCGAAAGUAAAUGAGAUAGCAUUUAUUACGGACCAUGGGAUUGAGUUGUUGCAAGUCUUGCCUGAGAAGAAGCAGUUGAAGAAUUUGAAAAGUACAUCAUUUAGUGGUGCCUGGUUCUCCUGGUGUUCACAAAGCAACACGGUGCUGCUGGCUGGCAACAAUGGUGUAUUGCUACAGCCGUUUUCAUUGAACAACUCUACCAUCACCAAGCUGCAGAAACUUGAAUUGGAAGCGUCAAAACCUGUGAUGGAGAGGGACGUGUGCGUAAUACGCCUCUGUGACGCAACAUGGUGUGCUAUAUUUCGCCACAGUGUAUCUACAGCGUCGUCGCCAGGUCCCACUGAGGUGUGGCUGAUGCCCCUGAGCAGCCCCAAUGGCUACCACCACACGCACGUGCUGAAGACAGGCCUGGUGGGCAGGUUCGCGGUGCACGUUGUCGACGAGCUCAUCGUGGUGCACCAUCAGUCGAGUAAAACGUCUCAACUGUUCGACAUAAUGGAAGAAUCGAAAGUGGAAAAUAAUACAGCAAUACACAUACCAAUUGUGGCUGGCAACAGUAUGAAACCAGCGAAAGAUGGCGACCAACUGUGCCCUAUGUACUCAGGCAAUUGGGUUGUGUUCCAACCGGACUACAUAAUCGACGCGCGGCUCGGCUGUUUGUGGCGCAUCAGACUUAUACCGUCGGGAUUAGCACAUUCGGUAGUAAAAGACGAGAUACCCAAAAUAGUGGCGGUGCUGCUGCGACGGACGGAGGGGAGAGACACCAUAUACAGGAUGAUGAACCAGCUGGUCACGGAAGCUGGCACCUACCUCGUGGAACUCACUAAGGCGUUCGAUGAAAUACAUUUAGUGUAUAGAAAAUGGGCAGACCUAGAGAUGGCACGCAACACGGCCGGCCAGACCGUAGACACCUCGAGGAGUCCACACAGGUUCCCCGUGAUCAUCUCGCAGGCCGAGAUGUGCAGCCACGUGCUGCAGUCGCAUAUUGAUGACAAGUACAUCGUGCAGGUGGUGACGGCGUACGUGCGGUCGCUGGGCCGGCGCGCGCUGGCCGCGCAGCACGCGGCGGCCGAGCUGGCGGUGCGCGCGCUGGUGGCGCGCGGCGCGGCGGGCCGGCUGCGCGCGCUGCUGCGGCGCGGCGCGCUGGCGGACGCGCGGCCGCUGGCGUGCCAGCUGCUGUCGCUGGGCCGCCUGCAGCCCGCCGCCGCGCAGCUCGCGCUCGACAUGCUCGCGCGCCUGCACGCCAAGGAGGAGAUAAUCGAAGUACUGCUAAGCUGGGACGAGACGAUAAGCGCCGUGGGGGUCGCAAGGCAAGCGGGCGGUACUACGUGGAACACGCUGUCUCCGAGGAAGCUGCUGGCCGCCGCGCAGCAGUACGCCGAGCAGCACUCGGAGCCCACCGCCUUCAUCGCCAUCUACCACAUGUUGGUCAACAGAAACGAGAAACUCCGCGGGUCGCCGCACUUCUUGAAAGGCGAACAAUGCGAUAGUUACGUGGAAUAUUACAAACGAUUGAUGUCUGAACAGUAGCCAUCACAUCGGUGCCUGAAUAUUACGAAAUAUACGAAGUAAGUAAAUUAUGAAGCGAAAUAGGUACGCAAUAUAUUUGUACUCGAAGUGUCAAUAUAUUUUGCGGAGUUUUUCCAUGAUGAUGAUGAGGAUUUCAGACCUACAAAUCAGAUGUAAACACUAAAAAGAACAUCUCAUUUUCAAAUUUAUAUAUAAAUCUCUCAAAAUUUAUUGGGACUUGCUUUAAACCAUAAGCCUAGCCAAGUAGUCGAGUUAAAAGAACCAUCGUGUCUCAUGUUGACAAGUUGUACAGGUGAGGUAAUUACACUCUUUUCUCUCUGCCUACCUCAUAAAGGCUCUGGUGUGAUCAUUUAUAUUGUUACAUUUGUUAAACGCAAUAGACAUGUGCAAACUUGUUAUCAAUAAUCAAAUCCUUAUGCUAAAUAAAUCUUAAUAAACUAUGGUAAGCACAUGUAAGUGUAACAGAAGUUCUCAUGUAUAGUUUUUUUUUUUUUUUUUUUAAUGUAG